AUGCGGCAGCAUCAAGUUGAGAAAGUGGCCCAACAGAUGUACAUAAUAACCCUAGAAAAAAAGAGUAGAAAGCAGACGGAGUUGGCCACAGUAGAGAAGAGCUUGAGGAAGGAGAUGGAAAUGAAGAUGGCUACAUGUGAAGCCCGCUGCAGCAUGCAGGAGAAGGAGGCACAGGCAUUGGUAGCCCAGGUUGCGACACUCACUUCACAGCUAGAGCAAGAAGAUAAAAAGCUGAUAGAAGCGGCUCACAUGGAAGUUAUGCAGGAUCCUUACAUUGCCGCAGACGGCUUUACAUACGAGAAGGAGGUGAUACAAGGAUGGAGAAUACACACCCAAGUCUCGAAACUUGAGCUCACAGAGGCGGCUGCAAUGAUAUCAAUGAAAUCAAAUGAGAGCGUGAGAUGUAAGAAAGCAGAGCAGGCUGCCAUGAUAGCAAAUUUCAAGUACGAAAAACUUGAAGCCGCUUUCAAAGAAAUCGUCAGAGAGAAAGAGAUAGCAAACUCGCUUUUAAACCAUUAUGCACAGAAAUGCGAAAGCCUUGCGAGGCGACGAAACGAAGUCGAAGAAGAAGUACAAAAAAUGGUGGAGAAACUGACAUCACUUGGAGCAAAAGUGAAUGAAUGCUCCCGUGAACGACAGGAAGCCCUGCUGGAGGUCAAAGAAACACGGCGAAAGCUCGCCGCUGUGGAGGAGCAAAACUACCGGAUUUUGAAACAAAAGGACGCCGAAAUUCAACAUCUUCAAAAUUGCUUGCUUUCAAUGCCGGGAGUUCAAAUUCCGAUAUCCUCGUCGUCCUCUAAUAACCUUGAAUUCAGCGAAUACUCUUUUGAGGAAAUAAAAGCAGCAACCUUCGAUUUCUCCGACAGUUUCAAAUUCGGAGAAGACGACUACAGGAAUCUGUACAGAGGCAAAAUAAGACAGACAACAGUUGCAGUCAAAAUCCUCAAGGAGAUGGCUUUCCAAGGUCGGCAGGAUUUCCAAAGCGAGAUCGAUAUUUUAAAAGACGUCCGGCAUCCGCAUUUGAUAAGGAUUGUGGGAGCCUGCUCUGAACGAGGAUGUAUACUUUACGAAUAUAUGUCCAACGGAUGCCUUGCAGAUCAUCUCAGCUGCCAAAAUGCCUUUCCGCCGCUCCCUUGGUACGCCAGAUUUCGUAUUGCCACCGAAGUAUGCUCGGCUUUACAGUAUCUGCACAGUUUCAUGCCGGAUCCAAUAUUCCACGCCGAUCUGAAACCCCACAAUAUACUCCUUGACGAGAAUUAUGUAUGUAAAAUAAGUGACUUCGGCCUGUCUCGUCUUCUGUCGAAAGAUGUGCACUCGGAAUCGGAGCCAAAAGGCACAUUUUUUUAUAUGGAUCCGGAAUACCUGACAAGCGGUGAAUACUCUAGCAAGUCUGAUGUUUACAGCCUCGGAAUCGUCCUUCUUGAGCUUCUCACCGGAAAACCGGCACUAGAACUCGUCAAAGAGGUGGAACGUGCCUUACAAAAUGCACAUUUUGACAAAAUUUUGGAUCCUUCAGCCGGUGAUUGGCCAUUUGCAGAGGCUACUCAAAUGGCUUAUCUUGCCUUGGAUUGCACGGAUCUGGAAAGAAAGAAGAGGCCCGACCUUCAACUGACUGUGAUGAAAAUGCUGAAUCAGCUUCGAAACAGGUUCGCUGCGACAAAUCUUGGGAGACUUGUUGAAAGUGGGGAAAAGUCGGAGCCAGCGACUGAAGAAAUACAAGUUCCCAGCUAUUUCCUCUGUCCAAUCUUACAGGAGAUUAUGCAGGAUCCUUACAUUGCUGCGGACGGUUUUACAUACGAGAAGGAGGCGAUACAAGGAUGGUUUGAUUGUGGACAUGACACAUCUCCCAUGACAAAUGAAAAACUUGGGAGUAAGAAUCUGAUAGCAAACUUUUCUCUGAGAUCAGCCAUUCGACAAUGGCAAGAAAGAGGCGAUAUCUUGGACAUUUAA